AAAACAGCUUUACAUUGAUUUUAUGAAUAUGUACAAUGUGCAGGAAAUAGUUAAGGUCCUUUCUUCUCCUAUUAUUAUUUUAUUAUUUCCUUGCAGUACAUUGACAAACAUUUGUGGAGUUUGUAAGUUUUUUAUUCUUAAUCGGUUUUAUUGGCCUUACAAAUAACACAUCUAAUGUAAAUGAUAGUUAUAGACUUAACCAGUUUGGUCAUAACCUGUUUAUAUUACGCAGAUUUGCUUGCUGUCUGUCUGUCUGUCUGUCUGUCUGUCUGUCUGUCUGUCUGUCUGUCUGUGUGUUUUUGGGUAACGGCAAUGAAAACCAGAAACCUUUUUCCUUCAGUUUAUCCAGGUGUUUAUGUGAAAUGUUCCCUUUAUUCUAACAGCUCAAACUAAGAAAUCUGCAGAACUGUUACAGAGGAAUAAAAUGCACUAACGAAUAAAAGAGGAAUACAAUGUACUGUACUCGUGUUGUAGCUCUAAUACCUGAAAUAUUUAACUGUCUUAGUGUGUGUGUGUGUGUGUGUGUGUGUGUGUGUGUGUGUGUGUGUGUGUGUGUGUGUGUGUGUGUGUGUGUGUGUGUGUGUGUGUGUUAUCUCCAGGCUAAUCUCUCCGCCAUGCAGCAUUACGGGGUAAACGGUGGUUACUCUCUGCACGCCAUGAACUCCCUGAGCGCGAUGUACAACCUGCAUCAGCAGAGCACGCAGCACGCGCCCGACUACCGGCCCUCCGUGCACGCGCUCACGCUCGCCGAGAGACUGGCCGAUAUCAUCCUGGAGGCGAGGUACGGCUCUCAGCACAGGAAGCAGCGGCGGAGUCGUACGGCCUUCACCGCUCAGCAGCUGGAGGCUCUCGAGAAAACAUUCCAGAAAACACACUAUCCUGAUGUAGUGAUGAGGGAACGGCUGGCAAUGUGCACCAACCUGCCUGAGGCUCGAGUACAGGUUUGGUUUAAGAACAGACGUGCGAAGUUCCGUAAGAAGCAACGCAGUCUACAAAAAGAGCAGCUCCAGAAGCAGAAGGAGGUGGAGUCAGAAGGAAACCAGGGAAAAGAGGAUAAAGAAGCCCCACCCACAAAAACACCUCAAACUCCACCUUCACCUUCAGAAGGUACUCGAGCCAAUCUUCCACCUCUGGAUGAGCUGAGCGAGGAAGUCAACGUUACCUCACCCGAGCAUUCAGGGGUGGAGUCAGGAGCAGAGGAUUUGACUGACAGAGAGGAUGAGCCACCUUCCUUAAGAGAGGAGGAGAAAGGGGCGGGGCCAGCGUUGACAGACGGCACACCUUCACCAUGUAAACCACUCAGUCCAAAAUCAGAUUCUCCUCUCGCCUCACCGUCUCUCCAAUCCUCCAGCGUUCUCGGCAGCGGUUUAGUCCAAACCAACUCCUACGCUUCGUCUCCUCUCAGCCUCUACCGUCUACAGGAGCAGUUUCGGCAGCACAUGGCCACCACCAACAACCUGAUGCACUACUCUCCCUUCGACAUGGCCGCCCCGUCCUCCUCCUCCUCCUCCACCUCGUCUCCUUUAGCCUACCUGGGCAUGAACAUGAACAUGAACAUGAGCAUGAACAUGGCGUCUCCGCUCGGCCCGCUGCAGUGUCAGUCGUAUUACCAGUCUCUGUCUCAGCAGGUGUGGAGCAGUCUAAACAGCAAGACGAGCAGCAUCGAGAACCUGCGCUUCAGAGCCAAACAGCACGCAGCCUCGCUCGGAUUGGAAACGCUGCCCAACUGACCUCGGAUCAGCUGAGAUUAUACAGAUACGGGAACUAGAUCGGACUUAUUUAAACCAGAUGAAACACACUGGGAGGAACGGCUUUGCUGAUAGAACGAUCUGAACAAACCUCGUACCUCAAAGCCUGAUCUCUCACAUCCAUUCCUCUGUGUAAAACCAUUUCAUCAUGUUUCCAGUACAUCAUCUCCACUGGAUUCUGCUUAAGGAUUCUGUGAUAAAUAAUAAAUAAAGAGCUAAAAUGAUAGACUUACUGAACGUAAAAUUGUUUACAUCUAUUACAUAAAAUGGGGGAUGUGGUAGCCUAGUGGUUAAGGUGUCGGACUACAGAUCGGAUGGUCGUGAGCUCGAAUACCAGGUCCACCGAGCUGCUACCGCAAUUGCUCAGCUGUAUAAAAUGUAAGUCACUCUAGUUAAAUCUGUCUGCCAAAUGCUGUAAACACAAUGUUGUAGUCACCUGCAGGACCUCAUGUCAUGAUGCACCGAGCUGUCUUGGUCUCUAAUGCAAGUUUUUUUUUCCUGAAAUAUUUUUAUUUUGCAGUCAUGGACUUAUUAACUGGUAAACCAAUUUUCACGUAUGCUUCGUGGACUCCAGAGCCGCACUUUAAGAAGAUUUCACUACACACACGUCAUCUCUCGCUAUGCUGUGUUGUUGUCACAGACCCACCUCCAAAGGCUGAGGUACAUGAUGUGAGCAUGUCACAGUGACUGAUCGUGUAAAUACACCACAGUAUGUUUAGGAUGAGGGUCACCGAUACACACUAAAAUAUUCUGCUGUCAUGUGGCGUAGAUAUUACUGUCUGGGAAGUUUUUCUGGGUUGUCGUUAUGUAAAUGUGAAUAACUUAUCUGUGAAAUGCAAGAGAAUAAACGUUAUAUCUGUGAAACCUGUGGUAUCUACGGAGACUGCAUCACAUGUGCCAGCAAACACACAUACGCACA